GAGCAAGAAUUAUGCCUCGUUCUCUAGCAGGGAUUCUCAUAUGAAGAUGCAUCGAUUCAGGGCUGAGGAAGAGCUGGUGUCUUCCCGCGAUUUAUUGCACUGGCUCAAUAUAAAGUCUCUCCUCUCCGCUUUUUCCCCAGGCUAAUGUCAUGUGUCCUCCGCUGCAGUGCCUAAAUAUGGGCUUCCUCUACUCCAUAUAUGGACAUCUACGUCACGGUGAGAGGGUACAAAAAGGAGUCGGAAUUCUCUGCGCAGGAAAGAGAGCCCUCAGUGCCCAGAACAUUUAACGUAAGAGCAGGAUAGACAUACUCACACACAUACUGCGCUAUCUCCCUAUCCGAAAGCAUUUGACAGAGAAAGUAGAAGUGAAUUCAAAACAACAACAACAACAACACAUUAUCCAAAAGGGCAGCACCCUAGUUGGAUUCAACCAGUGAAAAAUCCCAACAUAUAUUAAUGAUUCUUAUUAUAAUCUGUUUUAGGGAAUGAGUAAAAGGGACACAUCUGAUCUGAACAAUAUUUUCUGAUAGAAAAUAAAAAAAAAGUGGAUUUUACUCAUCUUGGACAAAAGGAAGAAAAAUAGAAGAAGACUUUUGAAGAACCAGAAGAAAGCGUGAAAGAAACAGAAGAGAAGGUAUCCUCAUCCUCAGCAGCAGUAGCAGUCUGACCCUGCUCUCUGAGGUGGACUGGUGAUUCCACUCUGCCCAGCCUCGCUGCACUCAUUUUCAGCCUCCAGCACAGCCUCAGGCCCCUACAGGUCCACUUCUCUGGAGGAUGGCUGCAGCCAAGACAGAGAUACUCCUUCCAGCCCUGCAGAUUUCAGACCCCCUCAGCUUCCCCCACUCUCCCAUGGAUAACUACCCCAAGCUGGAGGAGAUGAUGAUGCUGAGCUCCGCUGGGACCCCCUUCCUCUCUGCAUCAGUGCCCGAGGGAGCAGGCUUCGGAUCGGGGGAGCAAGGAGAGCAAUAUGACCACCUUGCUGGAGAUACGUUACCUGAUAUCUCCAUGAACUGUGAGAAGUCAAUGGGCGAGCAGAGCUACUCUACCCAGCGGCUGCCUCCCAUCUCCUACACUGGCCGCUUCACCCUGGAGCCAGCCACCAACUGCAGCAACAGCCUGUGGGCCGAGCCCCUGUUCAGCCUGGUCAGCGGGCUGGUGGGGAUCAACACCCCUUCCACCUCUGCCCCGCCCUCCUCCGUCUCUCAGACUGGCACCUCUUCCUCGUCCCCGUCCUCUAUCUCCUCCGUCACUAUUUCCUCUCAGAGCUGCAGUCUGAGCUGCUCUGUCCACCACAGUGAGAAUAUCCCCAUCUACUCAGCUGCUCCUACGUACUCCAGCACCAGCUCUGACAUCUUCUCUGACCAGGGCCAGGGCUUCCCUCUCCCCGCGGGGGGGUCGCUCCAGUACCCCCCGCCAACCUACUCCAAUGGCAAGACGUGUGGCUCCAGCUUUCCUGUGCCCAUGAUCCCUGACUACCUAUUCCCCCAGCAGCAGGGGGAGAUAAGCCUGCUACAGGAUCAGAAGCCCUUCCAGAAUGGGUCUGGCCAGCCCUCCCUCACUCCCCUGUCCACCAUCAAAGCCUUUGCCACCCAGACGGGCUCCCAGGACUUGAAGAGUGUCUACCAGUCCCAGCUGAUCAAGCCGAGCCGCAUGCGCAAGUACCCCAACCGUCCCAGCAAGACACCGCCCCACGAGAGGCCUUAUGCCUGCCCUGUGGAAACGUGUGACCGCCGCUUCUCCCGCUCCGAUGAGCUGACGCGCCACAUCCGCAUCCACACGGGCCAGAAGCCCUUCCAGUGCCGGAUCUGCAUGCGCAACUUCAGCCGCAGCGACCACCUGACCACGCACAUUCGCACGCACACUGGCGAGAAGCCCUUCCCCUGCGAGAUCUGUGGGCGCAAGUUCGCCCGCAGCGAUGAGAGGAAGAGGCACACCAAGAUCCACCUGAGGCAAAAGGACAAGAAGGCGGAGAAGGGCGGGGUGGCCGGGGCGGUGGCAGAGGCACCAGUAUCAGCCCCCUCCUCAGGCUCCUCUUACCCCUCUCCAGUCACAUCCUGCUACUCCUCUCCGGUCCACACCUCGUACCCCUCUCCCUCAAUCGCCACCUCGUACCCCUCUCCCUCCAUCGCCACCACCUACCCCUCUGUCUCCAUGUCCAUGUCCAGUACUUUUCAGUCCUCCAUGGUCUCCUCCUUCCCCUCCUCCGUAGCCUCCAUCUACUCCUCUCCGGUCCCCACUCCGCUAUCAGACAUGCAUUCCACACUCUCCCCAAGGACAAUCGAGAUCUGCUAAGCAAGAGAAAAUAUAUUUUUUAUUCUUUCCUCCUCCUCCCCACCACACAGUACUCCUCUCUUUGAGGGGAGAAAUCAGCAUCAAAAGACAUAUUCCCCUUCUGAAAAGCACUUCUCUGCCUGCUCCCUCUGCAAGCUCUGUUCAGUGCUCAAUCCUCAGAUUCACCCGAAGAAGAGAUUAAAACACAGGUCAAGGACCGGGCAAAGACAAUAUAGAACACGAGAAAGGAGUUUCUCCUCUCAGUUGGUAAAGCAAAUGCAGGGCUUAAAACGAGGCAUAUGAGACUUUCUCCAGCCAUAGUUGAAACAGGUAAAGACAGUUUGGUCGUUCUUAUGAGUGAAAACAUAGAGACAGACAGACAAACAGAACAUCCAGUCGUCCUGUAACUAAAGGCACUAAGAGACAGACAGACAAACUGAACAUCCAGUCGUCCUGUAACUAAAGGCACUAAGGGACAGACAGACAAACUGAACAUCCAGUCGUCCUGUAACUAAAGGCACUAAGAGACAGACAGACAAACUGAACAUCCAGUCGAGCUCUAACUAAGGCACUAAGAGACAGACAGACGGACAGAACAUCCAGUCGAGCUGUAACUAAAGGCACUAAGAGACAGACAGACGGACAGAACAUCCAGUCGAGCUGUAACUAAGGCACUAAGAGACAGACAGACAGACAGAACAUCCAGUCGAGCUGUAACUAAGGCACUAAGAGACAGACAGACAGACGGACAGAACAUCCAGUCGAGCUGUAACUAAGGCACUAAGAGACGUUUUAUGUAAAUUGUACUUGUGCAAUGUUUUGUUAUUUUUUUCUAUUAUUUGGUACCAUUGAUGUGAAAAACAUAUUUGCAUAAUUGCAUUGUAUUAUUUGAAGUGAGCAGGGCCAUAUUUUCUAUUCUAAUACUUUCUCUGUAGUGAUGACGAUGAUGUGAUAUGUUUUCGACUUUGUUUGAUGACGAAAUAAGCACUUAAGUAUUCCAGCAUGUGUUAAGAGUGAUGUUAGUUUCUCUUGUUUUGUAAAUAUCAUCCACUGGUACUAUCUUUCUCUUGCUAUCAUCAUGUGACAUAUCAGUCUGUUAUGUGGAUAAAAAAACUUCACGUUAAAAAAAAAAUCCCAAAACAAAACCACCGUUCCUGUUUCUGGUGCCAUUUUGUGACGCCUUGCUGAUGCUUUGACACGUCUGCGUGCAAGAGAAGAUGCGUUGUGUCUCGCCUUAAGGGUUGAAGGGGUCUUUUUGUUACAGAAUGUAAGUCGUGCUCAGACUCUGAAGAAGCACAGAAAGGGGCGUGAUGACACGAGGACACUGCUUCCUUUCUUGAGAACGUAAGCAAAAGAGAGAAAUUAUAAACUAUAUUUUUGUAACUACAAGUGUAAAUAUCCACGACUUCAAGUUGGAAUGUUGUACUUACCUACUGAGUAGGCAUGGGAUUCUUUUGUAUGUUAUAUACAUGCGGUUCAUUAUUUUAUGGUUUAUCCUUAUUUUGUAUUUGUGUUUGUUAAACCAAGUGACUGUUUCUGGCUUCUCAACACAUUGAAUGCGCUUAACUGCCAAUGGGAUAUUUGGUUUACAAGAUAUCCUCCCAGAAAUGAAAUAUAAAUAAAAUAUAAAUAUAUGUGUAGAAUUUCA